AUGAAACUGGCUUCAGUGUGGACCAGCAUCGUGCAGGUCUUCAACGUCCUGACCUUCUCCUCUCCUGAAGAGAUUAGCGGCACUCCAGUACAAACCCCUCUCGUCGUUGACGAUGACAUCGCCCUCCACUUCGAGCCCGGCCCUAAAAUCCCCGUCGUCCAAACCGAAUCGGGCGAGUUCUUCCACGGUGACACGCGCCUGGUCCAGGAGUACUCCAGCGGCAUGGUCUACGACCCAAACGAGUUCAAGGACGUGCCUCUCCGCGCUUGCAAAGAGGAGGCUUCGUAUGUAUUCAAAGGAAGUCCUGUCAUCAUCACGCCCAGGAAUCCACAAGAGGGUCGUCCUGACUGUAGGCUGAAAUGCCAUUAUCCGACCAUGAAAGGCUGGGAGCCGUGUUACUCGGCACAGAAUAGGAGCUGCUGGUUGAGAAAGAACAGAACCAAUGAGAUCAUCGACAUCAAUACGGAUUAUGAGGACGCUGCUGCCGUCCCGGUUGGCAAAAUCAGACGGUUCUACCUCGAAGUGUCUGAGCAGCCCAUUUCUCCUGAUGGAACGACCAUGGAGCAUGGCAAGAUUUUCAACAGGAUGUAUCCGGGACCUUGGAUCGAGGCAUGCUGGGGUGACUGGAUUGCAGAAAUUACCGUCAAGAACAACCUGCGGUGGAACGGCACCUCGGUCCACUGGCAUGGUAUCCGCCAAUUCCACUCGUUCCAGCAUGACGGAGUCAAUGGUAUUACGGAGUGCCCCAUUGCUCCAGGUGACACCUUCACGUACCGGUUCCGCGCCCUGCAGUACGGCUCCGCGUGGUAUCACAGCCACUACUCGCUGCAGUACGGCGACGGCCUGCUCGGACCCAUGACUAUCUACGGACCGUCGACGGCCAACUUUGACGACGACCUGGCCUUCCGCCCGCUUCUGCUCUCAGACUGGAACCACCGCAGCGUGUUUGAGGACUGGCCGCUCAUGCUCCAGUCCGGCGCGGCGCCCGAAAUGACCAACAUCCUGAUCAACGGCACGGGGCAGUUUGGAUUCGGGCCAUCGCCGGACAAGUACACGCUCUACCUGAAUGCGAGCAAGGCGCAUAUGCUCAUCCUCGUCAACACGGCCGUCGAUACGACGUUUGUGUUUUCGAUCGAUGACCAUGAGCUCGAGGUGAUUGAGAUGGACUUUGUGCCCAUCAAGCCGUACAGGACGGACCAUAUCAAGAUUGGCAUUGGCCAGCGAUACCACGUUCUCGUCCACGGCUUGAAGGAUCCGUACAAGAAAGAACGCUAUGGGAACUACUGGAUGAGAGUUGUGCCGGCACGCAAGUGCUCCAAGUUUGCCUUUGGGCCUGACCAGCAGAUGGGCAUUGUGCGGUACAACUAUGCUUACCAGAACUGGACUGGCCCCGGCCGCUUGCCGGAUCCUCUCUCGGAGCCGCCCCUGUACGAUAUUGGUUGCGCGGACGAGCCGAGCGCCAAGCUGGUUCCGUGGAUCCCGUGGACGGUGGGAGACCCGGUCAAUAUCGACCGGAAGUUAACCUGGACCGACAUCGAUAACAACAAGCUACCCAACAACACCAAGUUCGUGUUCGAUGUAGGCAUGGUGAAGUCGGGCGGUCCAAAUUCAAGCUUCCCCUAUAAUGGUCCCUAUAUCCCGGACGACGGCGCAUAUACCCGAUGGGACAUGCACACCGCGCCGCUCCGAGUCAACUUUUCGGACCCCACCCUCCUCGCACUCGACAGGCUCGAGGAGCUCAUCGACCAGCCCCAUCUGGACGUCGUCACGCUCCCCAACGCCACUGAUGAGCAGUGGAUCUGGAUGGUCAUCACGGCGCCCGACAAGGUCCCGCAGAACGGCGGCAAGAUAUUCUUCCCGGCCGCGCACCCCAUGCACCUGCACGGCCACGACUUUGCCCUGCUCCGGCAGAGCGACAAGAACUGGUACAACGACUCGGCCAUCAACCACGUGGGCGAGCGCUGGAUGUUCACGCCCGACAAGCUCAACUGCAAAAACCCACAUCUCAACUGCACGAACCCGCCCAGACGGGACGUGGUGCUGUUGCCGGCGACCGGUUAUAUCAUCAUUGCCUUCAAGGCUGACAACCCGGGGGCCUGGAUCUUCCACUGCCACAUUGCGUUCCAUGCCUCCCAUGGCCUGGCGAUGCAAAUCAUUGAGAACAAGGAGGAGAUGAAGGAGAUCAUGGAGCUGGACAAGAAGGAUAUCGAGGAGUCUUGCAAGCGCUGGAGAGAUUGGCACGGGAAUUCCAUGAACCAUUGGGACUGGCAUCACCCGUCCCACUUUCAGGACGAUUCGGGCGUGUAA